CAGAAGAAGAAACCAACAUGGCGUCGCAGUACUACCAAGAUAUGCAAGAGAACUUUAAAAAUAACAAUAAAAGUCGUGAAUUUCCAGCUCACAGUGCUAAAGUUCAUUCAGUUGCUUGGAGUUGCGAUGGCAGGAGACUUGCGUCAGGAUCUUUCGACAAAACAGCGAGUGUAUUCGUCUUGGAGAAAGACCGGCUGGUUAAGGAAAACAACUACAGGGGUCAUGGAGAUAGUGUAGAUCAGCUGUGCUGGCACCCGACUAACCCAGAUCUGUUUGUGACGGCCUCCGGAGACAAGACCAUCAGGAUCUGGGAUGUCAGGACCACCAAAUGCAUUGCAACAGUCAGCACGAAAGGUGAAAAUAUAAACAUAUGUUGGAGCCCAGAUGGACAGACCAUCGCUGUCGGAAACAAAGAUGAUGUGGUCACUUUUAUUGAUGCAAAAACUCAUCGGUCCAGAGCUGAAGAGCAGUUUAAGUUUGAGGUGAAUGAAAUCUCCUGGAACAAUGACAACGAUAUGUUUUUCUUGACCAACGGAAGUGGCUGCAUCAACAUUUUAAGCUACCCUGAGCUCAAGCCCAUCCAGUCCAUCAAUGCCCAUCCCUCCAACUGCAUCUGCAUCAAGUUCGACCCCACAGGGAAGUACUUCGCCACGGGCAGCGCAGAUGCCCUCGUCAGCCUAUGGGAUGUGGAGGAGCUAGUGUGUGUGCGGUGCUUCUCACGACUGGACUGGCCGGUGCGAACCCUCAGCUUCAGCCACGAUGGGAAGAUGCUGGCCUCUGCGUCCGAGGACCACUUCAUCGACAUCGCUGAGGUGGAGACAGGAGAGAAGCUGUGGGAGGUGCAGUGUGAGUCCCCCACGUUCACGGUGGCCUGGCACCCCAAGCGCCCCCUGCUGGCCUACGCGUGCGACGACAAGGAGGUUCGACUAGUAGUAGUAGGACAGACCGUGCUGAGGCCAGAAUAGUGGAGGUACAUCAACAACCGAAAGGGUCCAAUAAGGGAUUGUCGUGUUCCCACUGAUGACCUGCAGAGGGCGAUAUUGCAUAUUUUACUGGAUUGUGUCCUCGGGCUACAUUCCGUUGUGGUUCCCCUCUCAAAACAAAGGGGGAGUUGUAGAGCUUUGUUUUUACCUCUGGUGUUGUUUUUUUAUAUUAAAAUGUGAAAACUGUG